UUAUGACCCAAGUAGGGCAAGCGCCCUGAACUUGAACCCUAAGCCACUCGUCUCGCGACAAUGCCCUGGACCUCUACAAGCAUCAUAGUCUUCAUCGCCUGCAUCGGGCUCGUCGCCUCAGCCAAAUACGUGCCCAAGUGGAAGAAACAGGCAUGUGAAGUACCGACAAGCCAGAACGAGCACAGUCAUUACAGGUGCGACGACAACGGGGAAGUGAAGUGUCUCAACGGCUGGACCGGUGACCUCUGCGACGUACCUAUAUGCCGCAAAGGCUGCGAUCCCCUUCAGGGGUACUGUAAAAGGCCAGGGGAAUGCAGGUGCAAACUUGGUUUUUAUGGCGAGCAUUGCAACAAGUGUAUAGCCCUGCCCGGCUGCCAGCACGGUUACUGCAACAACAGCUUCGAAUGCAUCUGCCACGAAGGCUGGGACGGCCUAUUUUGCUCUGAACCCAUUUGCCGAUUAGACUGUCACUCGACACGAGGCUAUUGCGAGUAUCCAGGAGAGUGCAGGUGCCGACUAGGAUGGUCGGGAGAGACGUGUAAAGAGUGUCAGGUCCUGCCAGGUUGUCAACACGGUUAUUGUACGAAACCCCUUGAAUGCAAGUGUCAGGAGGGCUGGACUGGAAUACUUUGCCAGACACCUGUUUGUGCGAGCCACUGUCAUAAGGAGAGAGGAUACUGCAGGAAACCAGGCGAAUGCAGAUGUAAAGUCGGCUGGUGGGGCAAAGGCUGCGCCAAAUGCUACCCGUACCCUGGUUGUGUUAACGGAGACUGCAAGAGACCCUGGGAGUGCAACUGUAGGCCCGGUUGGGGUGGAAUGCUCUGCGAUCAAGAACUGAAGUACUGCGAAGAGCACGUAGGAGUCUGCGAGAACGGAGCCACUUGUGUCAGCGUAGCCGAAGAAGACGGCGACUACAGGUGCCUCUGCCCUGACGGAUUUACAGGAAGGAAUUGCGAAGUUGACAAACAUAUCGAAGCUGGUGGAGGGUACUUGAAUUUGACCGUUCCGUCACCACCGUCACCACCGCCUCCGAUGAAACCAGGCUCGACGCAGAAUGGCUCAGGAUCAACUACUGCAGUACCAAUCGCAAACCAAACAAAGACGUAAUCUCCUGAAAUGCCAUCAAACCGUUUUCGUCAUAUGGGAGCUGUUUCUGAUUGUCGUAGCCCUUUUCUUCCUUUUAUUUAUUAGUUAUUUAUUUUAUUUAUUUAUUUUUGACGGAUAUCUUUUCCUAAAAGUCGGCAUCAUCCUCUGCAGGAGCUCGCUGUCAAAAAAUCUAGUUCGUGUAUUUAUUUCUGUAUAAUAAUGGAUGUAAUAAAUUAUUAUUUUUA